AUGAAGACUGCUGUAACAUGUUCUGUUAUUUGGUUGUUUGCUCUAUUUUGUCAUUCAGAGGCAUCAUCAUUCCGUUGUGACUACAAGUACAGCAGUAAAGCCAAGGGUUGGUUCAAACAUUUCGUGGUACCAGCUACUUGGGCUGACGCACGACUACGCUGCACACUGGAAGGUGCAAUACUGGCUUCUCCACUUAACGCAAAUAUCGAAGCUGAGAUUAAUAAAAUCAUGGACACAUUUUUCACGUCGGAAUCAGAAAUCUUUACAGGACUUCACGCGACUUUGACAGGCGACUUCUAUACUGUUGAAGGUGUACCUCUAAGUGAAGUUUCAUUAGCUUGGGCAGAAAAAGAGCCAAAUAAUGCAGGGAAUGAAGAACAUUGUGUCACGUUCAACGGGAAUGGCGAAGCGGCUGACAGGUCCUGUCAUGAGACUCGACCUUACAUCUGCUUCCGUUCAGCCAAUCUUAAGACUGAGGCCAAUGAAUGUGGAACUAUAGAUCCUGAAUACAAAUUGGAUUCGAGAACGAAUUUUUGCUAUAAGUUCCACAUAGUACCUCGCAAGUUCAGUCGUGCGCACUUCGCGUGUUCUGCUGAAGGUGGUCACCUUGCCAUAAUUAACAGUGCAGUAGAAGCUACAGUACUAAAAGAUCUAUACGCAAAAUAUCCAGAUGGAAAAAUGAUAGGAAAUUUCAAGAAAGACUCUGCUUUGAUUGGUUUCUUUGACUGGGGCGAACGUGGUGACUGGAGGACCAUUCACGGUCAAACGCUAGACGAGGCAGGGUACAGCAAAUUCUCUCCUGGAGAACCAAACAAUUACACAGAGGGAGAAUUCUGUGGUUCCAUAUAUCGGUCCGGUUUGCUCAACGACCGUUGGUGUGAGAAUCCAGCACCAUUUAUCUGUGAAAAACGAUCCAAUUAUCCACAAGUUUGUAACACCUAA